CACUCAAAAGUCAAAACAAAAUUUUGAGUUGUUAUUCAUGUGCAACAAAUAAGUUUUCCUGCAAUUAUAUAUUACAAGAAAUAAGCAGAAAUAAUAGUUAUUGAGAAAAAUGGCUUCACGGUUUAGUGGUGCGUUACAGUUAACAGAUUUGGAUGAUUUCAUAACUCCAUCACAGGAAUGCAUAAAACCAGUUAAGAUAGAAAAAACAAAGAGUAAAACUGGCGCGAAAAUUAAAAUCGGUGAAGAUGGUUACUUCGAUCUGUCGAGUGGUAAGGAACAGAAGCUACAGAAAGUGGAAAUCACACUUGCUGACUGUUUGGCUUGCAGUGGAUGUAUCACCUCAGCCGAGAGUGUAUUGGUAACCAAACAGAGUCAGGAAGAGCUGUUAAGGGUAUUAUCAGAGAGGAGGUACACAGAUUCAAAAGGAAACACAAGAGAUGUCAGCCUGAUUGUGGUGUCCAUAUCUCCACAGCCCACACUGUCCCUCGCAGCCAGAUAUAAGCUCACUCCAGAAGAAGCUACCAGUAAAUUGGCAGGGUAUUUUAAAAAGCUAGGCGCAGACUUAGUGCUAGAUAUGACAGUAGCUGAAGAUCUAUCUUUACUGGAGGCUCGACAAGAAUUCCUUGAAAGGUACCACAACCAGCAAAAUGACCCAAGUGGCAAAUAUUUACCCAUGCUUGCCAGUUCUUGUCCAGGAUGGGUUUGCUACGCUGAAAAAACGCACGGCAGUUUCAUCCUCCCAUACAUAUCAACAACAAAGUCCCCGCAGCAGAUCAUGGGUUCCCUGGUCAAACAGCAUCUCUCAGCCAAACGGGAGCUGAUCUCAGGGGAAAUGUACCAUGUCACCUUCAUGCCGUGCUAUGAUAAGAAACUGGAAGCCUCUAGAGAGGACUUCUAUAGCGAUGUCAUGAACUGUCAUGAUGUGGACUGUGUUAUUACUGCGAUUGAGCUAGAACAGAUGUUAUCCAGCGAAGGGAAAUCACUAUCCGAAGUCCCCAGUGCAGAUUUGGACUGGCCGUGGGGCGAAGGUGCUCCAGGGCUCCGGAGCCACGGUAGCUCGGGCUCCGGGGGCUUCGCUGACCAUCUAUUCGUGUAUGCCGCUGAACAGCUCUUUGGAGAGAGUAGCGCUCCAUUGGUUUAUAAGAAUUUGAGGAACCCAGACUUCCGCGAAGUGACGUUAGAGCGAGAUGGCAAAGAGGUGCUCAAGUUUGCGAUCGCUAAUGGCUUCCGGAAUAUACAGAAUUUGGUGCAGAAACUAAAGAGGGGUAAAUCGCCGUAUCACUAUGUGGAGGUGAUGGCUUGUCCUUCAGGAUGCCUAAACGGGGGGGCGCAAAUUCGUCCAAUCAACGGGGAAAGUGGAAGGGAUUUAAUAGCUCAAUUACACACAAUGUACAAAGAGUUACCACAGAGUAUACCCUCAGAAAGUGGUCCCAUAGCACAAUUGUAUGGGGAGUGGCUUGUCGGCAAACAUUCGGACAAAGCCAGGGCAAUGUUGCAUACACAGUAUAGGGCGUUGGAGAAAAAUGACGUAGCGCUUAAUAUUAAGUGGUGAUUUUGUUGAUCAUUUAAAAAGUAUAUACAUAAUCGGUGACAAAAAUAUCCUGUAAAGAAGUCCACCCAGGUGUUUUGGUGCAUUGUAGAUUCGACUUUAGUUCAUGGGAAUACGGUUGAAUUUCUAUUGACGCAUAUUCACCAGCUAGUUGAGACCGUUGACACUUAUUGCAUUUUGUGAAAACACCUAAGAGUAGUGCUAAUAAG